AUGGUUGCUUCAAAGGGGGACAACAGUGGCUUUUCAUCGCCUGCACGACUAAGAGUCUCAUUGAGUCAAGGAGGUUCGUUCAAGGAAAAAAGAAGCAGAUCCCCCAACACCCUGGACGAGACUCUGUUUGACCGUCUGGAGAGGAUGAGAGUUUCAUCUCCAAAGCUAACAAGGAGUCGGAGCCAGGGAGAGACUAUUUGGCAUGCUCGCCAGUCACCAACUCCCAUCUUAUUUCGGCGGUGCAAACAGAGCCAUCUUGAUCUCAAGGUCGAUGUCAAUGCACUCGAGAUCAAGGACACGUGUGAGCCAGAGCCUCAAGCUCCUCGUUCUCAUCCCUCUUGGAGCAUCAACUCUGAAGACUCACCCAUGGAUUGCGAGAAGCAGCACUUCUUCUCGGAAUCGUGA